AUGAGUGAUUGGAUAGAAACUCCAACUGAGAAUAGAAUCUCCAAAGAUGCACAAAUUGAAGACUUGGAUAAUGUGGUUAUGAGUGGAAAUGUCACCAUCAAUCGCAAUGUCAAAAUAUCCUUUGAUUCCCUCACGACAUCGUCAUCACCCAUUUUAUCAAUUGGCAAAUAUUGUUAUAUAUACCCUGACGUAGAAAUAAUCCCAUCUACAGAAAAGAUGUUUAUUGGAUCCUAUGUUAUUAUUGGGAACUCUAGUAAAAUUAUGGCUAAAGAUAUUGGUAAUAGAGUUAUAAUUGAAGAGAAUUGUGUUUUACAUUCUCAUUGUGUGGUCUAUGAUUGUUGUUUAAUAAAAAGUGGUACCGUUAUUCCCCAUAAAGUAGUGAUUCCACCAUAUAGUAAAGUAAGUGGCACACCAGGAAUUGAUUUCGUAAUACAAUCAUUACACAAUAGUUAUAAGAAAACCAUAGAAUUAGAAGCUAAACAAUUACAGAUACUUAAUCCUUCUUAG